GCUUUGUACCAGUACAUACUUACAUACCAGAGAAGAAAGACUUGCGAAAUACUGGAGACGUGAAAAAUGCGAAAUACCUGUGUAAUCUUAUUACUAUUGGGAUUUGGUGAAAUCGCAUCAGGUCAAUGGGAUCCACAUUACGCGGUUGGGCACGAAGGUAUUGUUCAUCUAUUCGAAUGGAAGCAUUCUGACAUCGCAACCGAGUGCGAAGACUUUUUGGGACCUAAAGGAUAUGCCGGAGUUCAGAUAUCUCCGGUCCAAGAGAAUGUCAUCAUCGAUGGACGACCUUGGUGGGAACGUUACCAACCAAUUUCGUACCAAUUGACUACAAGAUCUGGCGAUGAAGCAUCUUUCAGAGACAUGACGAGACGCUGCAAUGACGCCGGAGUUAGAAUCUAUGUGGAUGUGUUGUUGAAUCACAUGUCACAAAAUCACAACAUUACUAUCGGUACCGGCGGAUCUACCGCCGAUCCACAAAAUCGAAACUAUCACUCCGUUCCUUAUGGAAAAAAUCAUUUCCACGAUCCACCAUGCUUGGUAUCAAACUACACCGAUCCCAACAAUAUGAGAAACUGCGAAUUGAACGGAUUGCAUGAUCUGAAUCAAGGCUCUGAUUACGUAAGAGAUAAAAUUGUCAGCCUAAUGAACCGUCUCAUAGAUUAUGGUGCUGCUGGUUUUCGAGUUGAUGCUGCGAAGCACAUGUUGCCUGAGGAUCUCGCGGUCAUAUUUAGCCGUUUGAAUAACUUGAGCACCGACCAUGGAUUUCGUCCUGGUAGUCGUCCCUUCAUCUAUCAAGAAGUGAUCGACAAUGGGGGCGAGGCUAUCAGCAGUACCGAGUAUACUCAUCUCGGUGCAGUGACAGAGUUCAAGUACAGUUUGAAGAUCAGUGAUUUAUUCACCGGAAAGAACUCCUUGAAAUAUCUCGUCAAUUGGGGACCGGAAUGGGGUUUCCUUCCGGGCCAAUAUGCCUUGGUAUUCGUUGACAAUCACGAUAAUCAACGCGGUCACGGAGGUGGUGGACAAAUUCUCACCCACAAACAAUCCAGGCAAUACAAGAUGGCUGUAGCAUUCAUGCUCGCUCACACAUACGGCAUUCCUCGCGUGAUGAGUUCGUUCGCAUUCGAUAAUACAGACGCUGGACCGCCAGCUGAUGAGCAAGGAAAUAUAAUUUCCCCAAUUUUCAACUCUGAUCUUAGCUGCGCUAAUGGAUGGGUCUGCGAGCAUCGUUGGCGUCAGAUAUACAACAUGAUUAAUUUCCGAAAUGUAGUGGCUGGAACAGCUAUCAAUAACUGGUGGGAUAACGGCAGUAAUCAAAUAUCAUUCUGCCGUGGAAAUUUGGGAUUCAUUGCGAUCAAUGCGGACAGUCGGAGUCUUCGGGAAAAUCUUCAAACUUGUCUGCCAGCCGGUAUAUACUGUGAUGUGAUAUCAGGUAAAUUAGAAAAUGGCAGUUGCACGGGGAAAACUGUUACCGUAAAUCAAGAUGGGACGGCUUAUAUCGAGAUAUCAACGUCUGACUACGACGGCGUUCUUGCGAUUCAUAGGAAUAGCAAAGUUGGACGAUGAUAAAAACCGAACUGUGAUUACCAAAAUACGUAUAACGAAAAGAAUAUAAUGUGAAACAUCGAAGACUGAUUUCUCUUCUUCUGAAACUCAAUAAUUAUAUUAUGAAUAAAUAAUGUGUACGCCAUACCAUGCAUGAGUCCUAACAUCA